AGAGAGAGAGAGAGAAAGAGAGAGAGAGAGGAUGCGACGCAAAUAUACAGGGAUCGAGGGCAAAUGAGAGCUAAUUGGCUAGUAUAGUAUACAUCUUGACUCGAUAUAUUUUUUUAUAGUGAUAUAUGUUUCCUUCCAUGAUGCAGAAAAUAUAUUUUGUUUACCAUACAUCCAUGUAGCUCUCUCGCCCCACACCCUCACACUAUUCUACUACGGUACACCCUCCCUCUUCCACUGCACAUAGAUGUAAUGUUGGUAUCAGCGUUUUUUCCAAUAACCGAUGUCUGUGUGCAUCCCGCCUCCCUGCGCUCUCAAAUAGAUGGUGCAAGUCAAAAUGUCCAAAUCGUCCGCAGACCCACUGCCUGGUGUCGAAACAGGCUCACAGUCUCACAAUUUUCAGCUGCCCAGGAAGUUGCCUAAGAGGAAAAGUCGGUUCAAACGUUCGGAUGGCAGCACGUCCUCAGACACCACCUCCAGCUUCAUCAAAAGACAGGGGUCGGCUGAUUCGUACACCAGUAGACCGUCGGAUUCCGACCUGUCAGCAGAGGAGGACCGCGAGGCGUAUCGGCGUGAAGCCGAGCGCCAGGCCCAGCUCCAGCUCGACAGAGCUAAGUCUAAACCUGUAGCGUUUGCGGUGAAGACCAACGUGGCUUUCUGUGGGGCUCUGGAUGAGGACUGUCCCGUUCAAGGAGCUGCAAUCAACUUCGAAGCCAAAGACUUCCUGCACAUCAAGGAGAAGUACAACAAUGAUUGGUGGAUUGGUCGUCUGGUGAAGGAGGGGGCGGACAUUACCUUCAUCCCCAGCCCUUUACGCCUGGAGGCUAUGAGACUCAAACACGAGCAAAGGAAAAGAAGGGGGAACUCUUCCUCCAGUCUGGGUGACAUGGUGUCUGGGAGCUGGAGGACAACGCCGCCAUCUGGUGACAAACCGAAGCAAAAGCAGGAACACAUUCCUCCAUAUGACGUGGUCCCGUCUAUGCGGCCGGUGGUCUUAGUGGGGCCGUCACUGAAGGGGUAUGAGGUGACAGAUAUGAUGCAGAAAGCUCUGUUUGACUUCCUGAAACACAGGUUCGACGGACGAAUCUCCAUCACACGCGUUACGGCAGACCUUUCUCUUGCCAAGAGAUCUGUGCUCAACAAGAGGCCCAUCAUGGAGAGAUCCAAUGCUCGCUCCAGCCUGGCCGAGGUCCAGAGUGAGAUAGAGAGGAUAUUUGAGCUGGCCAAAACCCUCCAGCUGGUGGUUCUGGAUGCAGACACCAUCAACCACCCAGCCCAGCUAGCCAAGACUUCCCUGGCCCCUAUCAUCGUCUACGUCAAAGUGUCCUCGCCAAAGGUGCUCCAGAGGCUGAUCAAGUCCCGGGGGAAGUCUCAGAGCAAACACCUGAACGUGCAGAUGAUGGCCGGGGACAAACUGUCUCAAUGCCCCCCUGAGAUGUUUGAUGUCAUUUUGGAUGAGAACCAAUUGGAGGAUGCGUGUGAGCACUUGGCUGAAUACCUAGAGAUCUACUGGCGCGCCACUCAUCUUCCCGACACCACCCCCAUCAACCCGCUAUUAGAGCAGAACCUCAUGACCCCGCCCUCAGCCAACUCUAGCCUACAGACCCAGAAUAAGAACCAGCCCCCAGCGCAGCACAGCAGUGUGGGGGUGGAAGGUGAGGAGGUGGAGGCCCACUCCCCUCUGGAGCAGGACAGCCUGAUGCCGUCUGAAGAAGGCUGCGACUCCCUGUCCCGCGGCCUCCUUGGGGGCCCACACCUCCGGGGGGACGAGGAGGACGAGGAGCUGGUGGAGGAAUUAGAAGAGGAACUAGAUGAGGAGGAUGAGUUUGAGUCCCCUUGCCACGCCCAAACUUACAGGGACAGGUACCCCCCUCACCGUGGUCACCGCGGUGGCGUCCACAGCACCAACGGGCAUGAAUCACAGGACAGGCUGCUCCAGCGCGAUGCCCAGCAGGGGCACAACCAGCGCAACAACUGCCAACGCAGCCGCCCCUGGCCCCGAGACAACUACUGACAUUUCUAACGUACCCUUGAACCGAGACAACUACUGACAUCUCUAGCGCACCCCUGGCCCCAAGACAACUACUGACAUCUCUAAUGUACCCCUGGCCCCAAGACAACUACUGAUAUUUCUAAUGUACCCCUGGCCCCGAGACAACUACUGACAUUUCUAGCGUACCCCUGGCCCCAAGACAACUACUGACAUCUCUAAUGUACCUCUGGCCCCGAGACAACUACUCACAUCUCUAACGUACCCCUGGCCCCAAGACAACUACUGACAUCUCUAGCGUACCCCUGGCCCCAAGACAACUACUGACAUCUCUAACGUACCCCUGGCCCCAAGACAACUACUGACAUCUCUAGCGUACCCCUGGCCCCAAGACAACUACUGACAUCUCUAGCGUACCCCUGGCCCCAAGACAACUACUGACAUCUCUAACGUACCCCUGGCCCAAAGACAACUACUGACAUCUCUAACGUACCCCUGACCCCAAGACAACUAGCUAUACCCAAACUACAACUUUUGGCCACAAGACACCCACUUGUACACAAUAAGUGUGCUCCUUGUCCCCAACCACUCACCCCAACUAUGGAAACAAUGUAGUACCAAUUGUCCCCAUAACAAUUACUGACUGCUGUGCACAUUACCACCUUCUACAAUCACACACUUCCAGGCUUACGGUUUUACUCAUUCUGAUUAGCUGGGGUCAUGUUAAUCAGAUAAAAGGCUAUACGUCAACAGGGCUACUCACCUCCACAAUAGCAAGCUAUAACUACUGGCUGUAGGUCAAGUCAAAUUUUAAGAUUCUUUGCAUAAGGUUUCUCUAUUGUAGAAUGACACAUUUACUGGCCUUAAAUCCCUAAGACGUUUAUGUAUCUUUAUUAUUGCAUGUAUGAUUAUUUUAGGACUAUUUGCACAUUAUGGUCAGAACAGGAACCAUAGGCUCUUUCUGGAUAAACAAAAGUAGGAAUGUCUACAUUUUACUUAUCUGCUAUGGGAAAUAGUAAUGCAUCCGAAUAUAUAUUGUACAUAUUGAAUGGGCACCUGGUUAUAAUCAACUUGGUCUCAGAGCAUUUAGUAUUAUUCUGUAUGUAAAUCCUGGACACUUAAUUAAGUGUAUGUUUCAAAUGGUAUGUACUAAUUUGUGAAUGUCAAUCAGCCAUUUCAUAUGAUGUGUCAAUUACAAUUCAUAUGAUAUGUUACAAAUCUGCAAAAUGUACAAUAUGUUGAGAAUUUGCUAAACGUACAAUAUGUUACGAAAUUUGCUAUACGUAUAAUAUGUUACAAAUUCCAAUUAGUUGUGGCUAAGGUUAGCUACACUAGGGGUUAGGGUUAGGAGAUAGGUUAACGGGUUAGGGGAAGGGUUAGCUGGAAGAGUUAAGAUAUGGCUUAUUGUUCAAGGAAGGGUUAGUUAAGUAGUUGCAAAGUAGCUAAAAAGUAGUAGUUGAUAAUUAGCUAAAAUUGUCAGUGAUGAGAUUCACGCAACCUUUGGGUUGCUAGACAUUUGCGUUAAACGCCCACUCAUCCACUCCGCUCAAUCACUCAAUCAUCAUCGUUUUUUGCCUUUAGUAACCUUCUGUCUUAUGUAACCAUACCAAUCAUAACAUACUAAUUUGAGUGUCCCGGAUUUACAUUGACUAUGUUAUGUCUAGUCUAUGAGACCAGGCUGUUAUAAGUAUUUAUAUUUUGGGGUUUAUUUACUUUUGUCAGUAUGGACUUCUUCCUGUUUUCAGUUCAGAUAGUUUUUACUGAGAAGAUGCUGAAUGUUUUGGGGGAGGCACAGGUACGCAGGCCUCUAUACGGUUAUCUGUAUGUUAGUGCCGUAAAGCUGCAGUAUAUUCACAUAUCUUGUUUCUGUCAUUACACAUAUCACACAGAAUAUCACCAUGAGUUAUGAAGGGAAUGUAACACAUCAAUAUUACUCUUAACACACACACACAGGCAAGCAAACAUCCGUGGAGGCUGCUGAGGGGAGGACGGCUCAUAAUAAUGGCUGGAACCGAGCAAAUGGAAUGGCAUCAAACACAUGGGAACAUUAAGGUGCCACCAACCUCCUGUGGCACACAGAGGCACAUGCAAGCACACACACACACAUUCAGGCAUCAAAAAAAUGCAAUAUCGCAUGCUUUUUUUUUACGACUCCAGCUGCCCCUAGUGGUGGGCUGAUCUCAUUCCUUCCUCUGAUUGUCCUCCAGUUGUGUAGCACAUUUGCUAUUGUAGCAUCCGCACAACAUCCCUUACACCCCCCACUUAUAUGAGUCUCCAAACACCAGGCAAGAGAGAGAGAGCACUUCAUACCAAGCACAACCUAUUCAGGCUGUUUGGAAGUGUUUGUCAGACACGUUCAGCACAUAGCAUCUCCUCUGAACCCCUUUGUUUUAACCGUCUCUAUACUCUAUGUGUACUGCAGUUUUACUGUCAACCUCACGAAGCAGAUCCUCAAGUCUACCUAUACCGGAAGGUUUUUGAUCCAACCAAUCACUUAUUCGUGCUCAACUGAUCACUUCAUUCAUUGGCUAAUCAUGUGGGGAACUUGUGAUGUGGUCUCCUGGAUUUCGAAAGGACUCACAGCUAUAGCAACUGUGACAUGAUACCAUAUACCUGCGUGGUUAGUCUAUGAACCGAUCAGUUGGGCAUAUUGUGGAACAAAGAUCUGCAUGAACAGGGUCCCUGCAGACCAAGUCUGGGGACUAACUGGUCUACUGCUUCCAUGUCUAACAGGCAACUUUAUAGUGUUCUGUAUUAUUUGAAAAAUCACAGCAUGAUUGAAAAAAAUAAGAAAAUAAUUCUAUGCAAGUGUUGCAUGAAACCUGAUUGUUUCUUUUUGCAGUUCUUCUACACUUUUAAUGCAUCGAUUCUGAUUCUCCUUGUUAUUUCUUAGUAAUAUUCUUGUCGACGAUUCUGUUUGUAAAAAGGCCUCUGAGUUACAAAUUAACCAUUUAAAAAGCAGAAUGCAUCUCAAAUAUGGAGUAACCUGACUAUAACGGAGAAUAAUGAAACAUAGAUUAAAAUUACAACAUUAAUGAAUAAGGAGUUGUGUGGGUACAGGUGCCGACACUUGUAUUCACUAGAAACGGAAAAGGGAAAACUGUUGAGUAUUUUCUUCCCCCCCAGAAUUCUCUCUCUUAACGAUACAAACAAAAAGGCAGACAUUUUUUUAUUUUUUAUUGCACAAAAUGUUUUACUUUAGAAUGUGUUCUAUUGAGCAGUUUGGAUUGGCUCUGAAGCUAUUUAUUCCCACCCGUUCCUCGACGACCUAUCAGAGAGGGAUUGAGCGAUUUGCUAAAUGCAGCCUUGCAUGUUUUAGCUCACUUAGAGAUUUUCACUGUACUUUGGAGGAAUAUGACUUUCAAAGCGGACCAAUGUAGUAAUUGACAAUGAAAAAGUUUUUUCGAUUUAUGAAGCACAAUUUAUACAAGGGUUAUAGUUUAGUUUCCUGUCUUAUAUUCUGUAUGCAAUACAAAGCUUAACAUUGAAAGAGUUAAAACGCCUUAACCCAUCUGGACUUCCUCUUUUUGUGUAAGUAGAAAAAAAAACAUUGCACUAAUUUAGUUUUUUGAUGGUUGCUUUGUAAUGCAAUAACUGCACUAAAUUAUAACCAUGUAUUAUCUAUUCACCGGACUCAAUCACAGUGUGCUAGCGUGACCCGACGCUCCUUUCCUCAAUUUCUGAGACAAAAAAAAAUGUAAAAAAAAAAAGAGAUUUCCUGCCUGUCGCUGUAUAGAAUGCUUUCUAUUUAAGAAUAUAUUAGUAAAAAUGCUAAGUGAAAUAAACAUUACAUUUUAUGUACUUUUAA